AUGCCUUCUUUGGCCACGCAGUUCCUAUCCACGAUUAGGGACCAUGUGGUUGCUCUGGACGGUGACAGCCUCGACGCCUGGCUGCAGGUCGAGCCCGGCGCAACAAGCCACGCCUAUCUGCAGCUCCGAGACGAGCUGAGGCAAGGCCUGGGUGUGAACAGCCAACUCGAGAAGCUGGUUGAGAAGUCCCUACCUGAAAUAGACGACCCACCGGAUGGCACUGGAUCACCAUGGCCCAGCUUCGUCACCUUCGUCAAGGACUAUCUGCUAUAUUGGAGGGAUGCGGAUUUCGAUGACUUGAUGAGCGUUCAAGAGUCGCUGUCGGGUUUGUUAACAUCUUGCGCGACUGCGCUGUCGCAUCCACAGUAUGGAAGCAUCAUGUUUCAGACCAGCAUGUCGCUUUCGGAGGCACUCUCCAAAGUCGUAAUGACGCUUCACCGGCGUCCUGAGUUGAUGCAAGGGCGGAGGUCUGUCGCUGGGGGCGAAGACAGCAAGUCCAUGGUCGAGCAGUCUGCCGACAUCAUCCAGAAGAUUUUCACAUCUUGCCUGACGGACAGAUCGACACAGCUGCUGCUUAACGUGUCUGCGAGCGGACCACCGCUUCAAUUAUAUCCGGCUGCACAACGGGUCACGUUCCUAUACUACCUGGGAAGAUUCAACUUCGACUGCGACAACUUUGUGCGCGCGUCUUUAUGCCUCGAGGAGGCCUACCUACAAACUCCACCAACUCUUCUGAGCCACCGGAGACUCAUUCUCACCUACCUCAUCCCGGCCAAUAUUAUGCUCGGGCGGUUCCCAAGUGAACUUCUGCUCGCCAGACCCGAGGCAGCGACGCUUGCUGCCGUAUUUCUCCCAAUUAUGGCAGCGAUCCGCAAAGGGAACUUUCUUGCUUUCCAGCAAGCAAUAGCAGCCAAUGAGCGCUGGCUGUAUCAAAAAGGCCUUCUCUUCACUCUCACCUUCCGCCUGCGCCCCAUUGUAUGGCGCUCUUUCAUCAGACACGUUUACGUCGCCGCAUCAUAUGUUCAGAAGCGCCUCGAAGGCUUCAUACCGGCACGGACGCAGCAGCAGCCAAAGCGCCAGUCGCAAACGAACAACAUCUUUAUGAUGGCUGUGACCAACAGCGCUGCGGAUGCCUCCUCUGUACUGAUGCCACCGCCAGGCGGGAAGCCAAGGAAUUUGAAGCCCAGUGAGGGUUUAUUCUGGGGGAACUUGCAGGUGACAGGCAAAGAAGUGGAAGGCGUAGUCGCAACCCUGAUUGCCCAGGGAUUGAUGAACGGGUUUCUUGCCCACUCGAGCGGCAGAUUCGCCGUAAUGGGAGCAAAGAAGGGCGGUGGGCCACUUGCAGCAGGGUGGCCGGCAGUCGUGAGGGUAGUGGCCGACAGGAUGGCGGAGGAUGGCGUCAAUUCCAACGAGGUCCCUGCCUGGGUAAAAAUGCCACCAGGUUACGCUUGA